CGGUAUAUUUUAUCGAUAAGUCCGCGGUCACACUGAUUACAAUUUUUUCUGCCGUGCCGUUUUUUUCGUGCGGACAAAUUUGUCGAGCGAAAAUAUGCAAAAUAAAGUGAAAUACUUGUGCAGCGCACGAAUGAAGCGCGCAAGCAUAGCGCCCGCUAGCCAAUAAGCCCGACCGACCAUAUAAGCCACCUCAAAGGGAUCCGCCGCAAACAGGGGAAAGAAUUAGAAUGGCAAGAUAGUGUGUUUUAAAGCAAAUUCCACAAAAAGGUGCGUGAUAAAUGCAACAAACUGUAAGCCAGAGCGAGCGAACAGGCAACUACAACUGCAUAUGUGUGUCGUCGUCGUGUGUGUGAGAGAACGCGCGUAAGUGUGUGGUAGAGAGAGAGAGAGAGAGAGAGAGCGAGUGUGUGUGCCGUGGAGUGGGAAAGAAGCACGAUAAAACGAAACGCCAAGAAGUUUGCCAUCAUCUCUCUCUCCAUUCGCUGAUAAAGCAGAGAGCAAAUACACGCACGCACACACACACACACACAUAGUGAUACACGAAUCGAGUGGAAAAUAGAAAAACAAUAAUCAGCAAAAGAGGAGCGGAAAGAAACAGUAAAGUGUAAAGAUCGAAAAUCGAAAGUGUCAAGCAUUUUUUCUAUAAAUAGUGAACAAAAAAAAAAGAAAAAUACUCAAAUUACUAGUGAAAACUAAGUACUAAAAAAACCGCAAGUAAUCAUCAAUACACCGAAUAAUCCCUAGUGGAACACGUCUCGGAGUCCGCCCGACACAGCCAACCAGCCAACCAGCCAGCCAGCCAACCCCCAGCCGCAUCAUGUCCACCCUGGACGCGCGCAACAACUCGGCCAUGAUGAAGCGGGCCGAGCAGCUGAAGCGCUGGGAGGAGUCGGACACCAACCGGGCCGCGCCCACGCCCCGCCACGAGCACGGGCGCCGCAUCAAAUUCAGCUCCGGCUGUGUCUUCCUUGCCGCCUGCCUCUCCGGCGACAAGGAUGAAGUGAUCCAGCUGCUCGACCAGGGCGCCGACAUCAAUACUGCCAAUGUGGACGGCCUAACGGCCUUGCAUCAGGCCUGCAUCGAUGAUAAUCUGCACAUGGUUGAGUUUCUGGUGAAGCGUGGUGCCGACAUCAACCGUCAGGACAACGAGGGCUGGACGCCGCUGCAUGCCACGGCCUCCUGCGGAUUUGUGAGCAUAGCACGUUAUCUGGUGGAGAACGGGGCCGAUGUGGCCGCCGUGAACAGCGACGGGGACUUGGCCCUGGACCUGGCCAUCGAUGUGCAGCACAGGGGCAUGAUCGAGUACAUGGAGAAGAUAGUCCAGGAGCUGAACAUCGAUGUGGAGCAGGCGCGCAAGGCCGAGGAGGAGGCGAUGCUGAGCGACGCCGAACGCUGGCUGAGCAGCGAUGCCGCCGAGGUGGACAGGCCGCACCCGAAGACAGGGGCCACGGCGCUGCACGUGGCCGCCGCCAAGGGCUACACGAACGUGUUGAGCCUGCUGCUGGAGGGACGCGGCAAUGUGGAUCGUCAGGACAACGAUGGCUGGACGCCGCUGCAUGCCGCCUCGCACUGGGGCCAGCAGGAGACCUCCCGGAUGCUGGUCGAGUCCCUGGCCGACAUGGAUAUACGCAACUAUGCGGGACAGUCCUGCAUCGAUGUGGCCGACCGUAAAAUAGUCAAAUUCCUGGAAGAACUGCGGGCCAAAAAUCGCAACCAGCGGCGUCCAUCUAGUCAAAUCAGAAUCUCAGAUGCGAUUGAAAAUCGUGUGGACAAGACGCCCACCAAACUGGUGCGCGUUGAAGUGAGAACUGAUGCCACAAAGGAUGCUGCCAGCAGUUCGAACUGCGCCUCCAGUAGUGAAGCUUCGCUUCCAAUCGAUAAUGAUAAUGAUGAUAUUGAUGAUGAUGAUGAUAAUGAUGAUGAUGAUGAUGCUGUGGCCCACGAGAGCGAUGCGGAAGAGCUGAGCGAUUCCACGGAGUCCUCGCACACCACAAGUCUAUCUGGCGAGAGCGAAGCGGAGAACGUGAAGCCCAAUCAACAGCAGAUCCAUGCCCUCGAGCAUCCAGUCGAGGAGGAGGCACCCUGGCGACGCAAGAUGGCCCGCGCACCCAACGACAGUCCCACUAAUAAUCAAGUUCCUGAUAGAGAGCUUAGCAGCAAUAGCUCGGAGAGCGCCAACGAUGUCAUAUUGCGACGCACCCAAAGCUUUGAGAAUGAUGAAAAAUUCUAUCAAAAGUACAAUGAGCUGCGCGCCCGCAUAAAGGCCAACUCCUGUCCCAUUCUGCCAGCGACUGCGGCGUCACAGGCGGCUGCCGCCGCCGCCGCUGCCUCUGCAGCUGCGAAUAAUUCCAAUUCCAAUAACAAUAAUAAUCUAAGUAGCAAUAACAACAAUAAAUUUAACAACAAUAACAACAACAAAAGCGCUCUGCUGCUGGGCUCAAGAACAACAAAUAACACUGCAACAACAACAACAACAUCCAGUACUUUCAACAACACGCACAACAACACAACAACAAGCACACCACAAACAGCAGCAGCAGCAGCAGCAGCAGCUGCAGCAGCAUCCACUGCUGCAACAACAAAUCCAUAUUAUAGCGUACAAAGAUCGGCCUCACUCAAAGAUAACUCAAUGUAUUACAGGAAACCGACCGUUACACACGUGGGCACGCCCACUGGCACAGCAGCCACAGCAAAGACAACGCUCCUCAGUUCACCGUCGACGAAUGCACUGACCCCACCAAUACGCAGCCAAGUUACAGCGAAAACCACUGCCCAGAGCAAUAAUGGCAGCUCUUCCACGGCCAGUGCCAGUGCUAGUGCCAGUGCCAGCGAUGUGGAGACCGCCAAGCCACCGCCCAAGCAAUCCACGGGCAAUAUAAUCAAGAAUUUCUUCAAAUCUUUUGUACCGCCCGUGCGUGACGAAGAGAGCGAAACACAGCGCAAAGCGCAUGCCAAGAGAGUCCGCGAGACGCGUCGGUCCACCCAGGGCGUUACCCUGGACGAGAUCAAGAGUGCCGAGGAGUUGGUCAAGAAGAAGAACAUGGGCAUGGCCAACAACAACAAUAAUAACAACAAUAACAUCAGCAGCAGCGGCAGCAACGAUACAAGCGAAACAGCGGCAGCCACAGCCACAUCAGAACACACAUCAUCCAUCAGUGAUGCAAGCCAGCAAGAGCCACAGCCGCCACCACCGCCCACCACGCCGCCGCCAGCCAUAAUCCCCACCAGCGACGAGACGGAGAUCGAGACCAUUCUGGCCCCCAGUCCAGUGCAAAGUGCAAACGACACCACUGCCAGCUUCACCCUCUCCGCGCCGUCGAGACGCUCUGUGGUGGUCGACGACGACGACGACGGCGACGGCGACGGUGAUGGCAAGGCCGGUGGCGAUGCCGAUGAUCCGGAGGCAGUGGUCAGUGCCAGCUACACGAUAGUCUCGCGGCGCGACAAGAUCCCCGACAGCGCUGAGAGUGAGCCAGAGCAGGUGGAAUCAAACAAACAAAAGACUGACGAGCAGCAGGCGGAGAGCGAGGAGCAGAAGGCGAGGCCCACAGACCUGCCGCUGAGUGCGGCCCCGACUGAGGCCAUCAAGUCGUCCUCCUCGACCACGCCCGGCUCGCUCGAGAGUCCAGUGCGCUUGCGGGACAAGCGUGGCCUGUCCGGCAGCAGCCAGGAGACGGAUACCAAGUCGGACACCGCCUCGCCAGUGUCAGCGCAUCCGGACUUUAAUGCCCGCGACUCUCUGCUCAGUUUGUAUGCGCGCCGCACGACGGACGGCAGUGGAGGAGCAUCAGCUGCAGCAGCAGCAGCAGCGGCAACAGCAACAGGUGGUGCUGGUACUGGCGCUGGUGGUGCGGGUGGGAGUUCCACAUCAACAUCGACAGCGGAACGGCGUCCGUCUUGGCGCCUCAAAUUCGAUGCCGGCUCCAAGUUCAAGCUGGAGGACAACACCAGCGGCGGUACAUAUCCGCCCAACAACAGCACCAUUAUACCCAGCGCCCCGGCGGUGAUGGCCGCCGCCAAUCUAUCGACCACAACUGGUAUCCAGCGACGCAUCAGCAGUGGUCCCAAUGCCCUCAACGCUUCCAAUCAGUCACUGAACUCUGUGGGCCGCCCCAUCUCGGCGCCCAGCGAGAGCACAAACAACAGCAGCGCCUAUGCCACGCCAGCAGUGCGCAAAUAUGAAACGACAUCCACAGGAGCGGGAACCGGAGUGGGAGCGAGAGUGGGAGCAGCUGCUACUACGACAGCCACCACAACCGCCAAUUCAGUGUCUGCAACCAGUGCCAAUCAUGCAGCAGGAACAGCGGCAACAACCAAUGCCACAUCCAGCCAUGACGAUAAGGAAAACGACAAGGAGAACGACAAUCGCACACAGACCGUCAUACAGAGACGCCGCAAGCCGAAGCGCAGAUCGACCGGCGUGGUGCACCUUGAUGUGGAUGAACUGGAUCCCGAACGUCAGAACGAGGAGAAGGACAAGGAGAGCGGCAGCGAACGCACCUCUCGCUCCCGACUGGGCAGCACAACGAGUACGGCCGCAACGAGCACGACCAGGAGCGAGUCGAAGGGCAGCAGCGACAAGUCGGAGAACGGCGAUGGCAUUGACUACAAGGCGCUCUGGGAAGCGGCCAAAUUGGAGAACGAUAAGCUGAAGCAAGUGCUCAAGCAGAAGGAUGACGAGGUUGUGCAGACCCGCGCGACCCUCGAGAGAUUCGCCAAUGCCACCACUAAAAACUCACUCUCUGAGAUUGAGAAACGUGAACGAAGAGCUAUGGAACGCAAGCUCUCCGAGUUGGAGGAAGAGCUCAAGCUGUUGCAGAAGCUAAAGACUGAGAACGACCGCCUGCGCGCCGAGAACCGUGCCCUCACGCGAGUCGUCUCAAAGCUGACCACGUCGGCCCAGAGCCAGCUGGCCAAGGCCAAAUAGAGCCAUAUCGAAACGCAUUUCAAUCGCCUAAGCACACUCCCCCCACCCCCACCAGAAUCACACACUCACAAAAAAAGAAACAACAACAAACAAUCUCACAAACGCGCGAAUAUCGUUAUCGUUUCUAUAUACAUACACACGCAUAUAUAUUGAAUACUAUAUUUAACACAUUUUGAUGUCGUUUUGAAUACUCGAUAAAUGAUAAAUAAGUAUAAUCCGAAUAUAUCAGCACUUGUAACAAUAAUUAAGUGGAAUUAGCUCACCUUUGAGCUCAUCAUGGGGCUUGAGAACCGCUCACUGGUAAUACAGAUCCAGAUACAGAUACAAAUACAUACAGAUAGAAAUACCCACCUAUCAAUUAUUCAAACCUUCGACGAACUCUAUGGGUAGCGUAGAAAAAGUGUUUUAUAUACAUAUAGUAAAAUCUUGUUCCCACGGCUUGUUUUGCUCUAGAUCGAAAAAUGUUUGCGAAUUUAUUAUGUGUAAUCAAUAUCAAUAUAUCAUAUGUACUUAUGGGAACCACAAACCACUUGAAAUUGAACUUGAACGUGAACUGUAACCGCACUGAUUAAGUAACGUAAAUCAAAACCAUCAAAACCGCCACUCGUAUCAUAGUAAUGCCCAUUGAAAAUCCAGCGAAGCCCAAAAACGCUCAAUUGCUUGCCCAAUGUGUCCCCCACCAUCAGCAUCAAAAACACACAGCAUCAGCAUCAGCACCAGGCCCCGGUCCCGGUCCCGGUUCCGGUCCAAGGAUCUGCUCUCUCACUCUCUCUCUCUCUCUGUCCAGCCGCACAUCGGGGGGAGAACGGGAAGGUACAGCAGUGGUCUAGUGGAUGCUGGAAGCUUUACGCAACUCGAUGCGUACAAGUCGGAUAAUCAUCGCCUGAAGGAGGAGAACGCGGCGCUGAUUAGAGUAAUUAGCAAAUUAAGUAAAUGAAAUGAUGUCUCCACUGUACCGCUGCAUGGAUGGAGGAUAAUCAUCAUCGUCAUCUGUAUCAUUGAGAAACAAUCCCAUUUUUACGUUAUUCACCAGCUGGAAACGGGCUGAAAAAUGAAAAUAAGAGAAGAAAUUAAAUGAAUCAAAACAAAACGAGCAGAAAAAAAAGAAACGAAACGAGAAGAUAAGAGGAUAGGAGAGGGGAAGGAGAAGAAAAGGUGCGAAAUUCGCUGGAAGGGGGAAAUGUCAAAAUUUUUGUUUAUUAAUUGUGUUAGAUAUUUAAUCAUAAGGUGAAACUAUGUUUCUACAAUAUCGUUGAGAAUUGUUUCGUUCGUUUUAUAUAAAGAAGAAAAAUCUUAUGUAUUUGGUCAAAUUUUGUAUACAAAGUAGUGAAAAUUAUUAAUUAAUAAAAUUGCACAGAUCAAGCCUAACUGUACGCAAUGUAAAUCAAUUGUGUGAGGAUCGAAAGAAAGCAAAUUGCAAAAAGCGAAAAGCGAAAAAACCUUUACAUACAAACUGAGAACAUAUUCAUCAAAUGAGCCCUAGUUACAGAUUAGUUUAACUACGUAAUACAUAUACAUACAUACAUACAGACAUAUAUAAAUAUAUACAUAAACAUAUAUAUAUUUUUUUUUCAUAUAUAAAUUAUAUAUACACAUUGCAUAUUAUAUAUAUUUAGAGCAACUGAAUCAUAAGUUCGACAUUUGAAUGUGUAAUAUCAUCGAGCAACCACGAGAGAACCGAGGAAGAGUUGUUUUCGAAACCAGCCCACGCGUCAACGUACUAAGUGUAAUCAUUAUCAUCCGUAUCAUUCGUAAUUGUGUUUAGUGUACCACCACCCUACCCCCGAAACACCCCCAUAUUUUACACCAUACCAUUAUACCAUUUUUAUACCCACAACGCCCCCGCAAUCUGAGGAGCGUACCGAAUACAAGCUCCAUGGCGCUCUUCUACAAUAUAUAUGUAGUUACAGAUACAGAUACGAGAGCAUAUCAGGAUAUGCUGGCCUGCAUAUGCACUAUUACUUCUACUAUUCGAUUACGUUAAUUAUUAGUUUCUCCCUCACUUUGAAUCGUAUUAUAUCGUACUAUAUUUUACCUUCGCUUAUAACGAAACAAAUGAUCAUACGCCCCUAUGCAUACAUAUUUCUGUUAUUUAUUAAAUUCGCCUAAGAGAUUUUUGUGUUACUCGUAAAUGGAAACGAUAAGCAAAUGCAUACAUAAACAAACAUACACCAACAACAACAACAACAAAAUAUAAAUUAAUAUAAAUCGUGAAUUGUGUAAUAUGUAAAAUUGUGUGAGAAAAUAUUUAAGAAAAUUUGAUUCAAAUACGAAACUUAAUAAAUGUGAUCGCAAGCAAA